AUUGCUUAUCCUAAGCUUAGUAAACGCUCAUCUUUAUUGAAGUAAUCUGAAGCUUCUUUUCCAACCCAACAAUGGAGUGGGAGCUCCAAAUUCCUUCAUCUUCUGCAAUCUUUUCCUUCUUCCUCUUCUUGUUAAUGGUAGUUUACAUAUCCUGGAGAUCGAAAACAAAAAAUUCAAACUCAAAGUUGCCUCCUGGGCCACCUAAGGUACCCAUCCUUGGUAAUAUGCACCAGAUUGGAGCCAUGCCUCAUCAAACCCUAGCGAAAUGGGCAAAGCAAUAUGGGUCUCUCAUGCAUCUAAAGCUUGGAGGACUUUCAGCCAUAGUGGUAUCUUCGCCUGAAAUGGCCAAAGAAGUGAUGAAGACCCAUGAUAUCAUCUUUGCAAAUAGGCCUUUUGUUCUUGCUGCAGAUAUCAUCACUUAUGGCUCCAAGAGCAUGAGCUUCUCUCCAUAUGGGAGUUACUGGAGGCAGAUGAGGAAGAUUUCCACGUCUGAGCUCCUAACGCCGAAGCGUGUGGAAUCUUUUCGACCCAUUCGUGAAGAAGAGGUUUCAGAACUUGUCAAGGAAAUAGCUUUGAGUGAAGUGUCAGUGAUCAAUCUUACCAAGAAGAUUAAUUCAAUGGCCUAUGCCAUGACCGCUAGAAUAGCCUUUGGUGCGAAAUCUAAAGAUCAAGAAGCUUAUAUAGGACUCAUGAAGGAAACUUUGAAGUUAGUGGGAGGGUUCUCUCUGGCUGAUUUGUAUCCAUCCAUUGGAGUUCUUCAAGUUUUGACAGGUCUGAGGUCCAAGGCUGAGAAGGUUCAUCGAGAAAUGGACAGGAUACUUGGAAGCAUUGUAAGCGAUCACCAGGGCAGAGAUGCACAAACAGAAAAAAACUAUGAAAAAGAAGAAGAUAUAGUUGAUAUUCUGUUGAAGCUGCAGAAGCAGAACAACCCUGAACAUCCUCUGUCUGAUGAAAUGAUCAAAGCAACCAUCUUGGACAUAUUUAGUGCUGGAAGUGGGACUUCAUCAAAAACCAUAGAGUGGGCAAUGGCAGAGCUGAUAAAAAACCCAAGGGAGAUGGAGAAAGCACAAUCUGAGGUAAGAAAGGUCUAUGAAGGAAAAGGUUCUGUAGAUGAAGCAAGUAUUCAUGAACUGAAGUACUUGAAGUCAGUCAUCAAAGAAACAUUGCGUCUGCACCCUCCAGUUCCACUGUUACUCCCAAGGGAAUGCAGGGAGAGAUGUGAGAUUAACGGGUAUGAGAUUCUCCCUAAAAGCAAGGUGAUGGUUAAUGUAUGGGCAAUAGGGAGGAAUCCUGAGUAUUGGUUUGAAUCUGAGAAAUUUUACCCAGAAAGAUUCGUUGAUAGGUCAGUGGACUUCAAAGGAGCAGAUUUUCAGCUCAUUCCAUUUGGCGCUGGAAGAAGGAUGUGUCCUGGCGUAACAUUUGGUGUUGCUAAUGUUGAACUCUCACUUGCAAAUUUGCUGUUCCAUUUUGAUUGGAAGAUGCCUAAUGGGGAAAAUCCUGAAGAUCUAGACAUGAGUGAAUCCUUUGGCAUGUCUGUGAAGAAAAAAUAUGAUUUGGAACUGAUUCCUGUAAAGUAUAGCUCAUCUGUAAUUUAAUAUUGUGCAGUGAAGCUGCCUCAGACCAACUCAACUGAUAAGGCCAAGAUGAAGUACGGUAAAGCUCUCUCUCUCUCUCUCUCUGUCUCUCUCUACACACACACACACACAACUGUGCAGUGAAGAAUUUCCUGUUGUUGUCACCAAAUAAUACUGCAUUUUCUCUCUGUUAUUUUUUUCCCUUGGUUGUUUGCUCUCUCUUCAAUGAUUUGAUUAGUUGGUGAGGGAUCUUGACAGUUGCUUUUGCAUCUUUUCAUAAUUAUUGGAAGUAUCUAACAUGGGGAAUUUUAUAAGGAAAGAGGAAGAAUGAUCUUAGGCAUAAAGCCAAGAGGAUAUUAUGAUACCUCAAUAAUUUAAGCAUACUUAGUGCUUCUAGACUGUAGACAAUGGACAUAUAAAUAUUAUAAUGUAUUGCAUAAGAUCAUUUAUUUA